AUGCCUCCAUCUAACAACAAACCCAUCACCCCUACUACCUUGCCCAGCCCCCUCCUCCGCACCGCUGCGAUCCUCUCCUUCAUCCCCGCACUCCCGCUCUGUAUCACCCACGGCGCUCUCUCCAACAAUGUCGUCCCCGCCGUGGGUCUCAUCCCGCUCUUCUUUUCUGCUGUCGUCUCCCUGUUCCUGAUCCUACUUUCACGAGGAGGGGGCAGGAAGAAGGGGCGAGCGAAGCGGAAGGCAACGAGCACGAGUGGGGUGUGGAGUCGGACCCGAGGAGAGGAGGUGAGAGAGGAGGACGCAGAGGAAGGGGAGACGGAGAGCUUGGCUGGGAAUACCGGGUUGCCAGAUAGUGAUGAAGAAGAAGUGCAGGCUGGUGGCAGGGUGCUUGGGAUCAGACCGGAGGAGGACGAGGGUUAUUAUGAGGGCGGUACCGACUAUCGGGUCACUGAGAGGCGUCGGGGAACGGUGUUGACGCAUCGCAUUGUGGUGUUUGUCGUCGAUGUCAUUUUGGCGGCGAGCUUGAUGGUUGUUUUGGUCUUCACAUGGAUUCGCACUGGGAAUGGGGGCGAUAGGAGACCCAAGUUGGCCAUGCUGGCGGCUUACAGUACCAUCCCCCUUUUGGUAAACUUCUUGAUCCACUUGUUCUUAGCCGUACGCGAAUUUGUUGCUGGCCUUGCCAUCCCAGGCUUAGUCGAGUACACCGCGUGGCGUGCCCUUCCCGCUGACUGCCCCCAUUGUGGCAACCGGCUGCGUCCCGACUCACUGCCGCCCAUCCCCUGGUACGAAACUGUUUCCCGUCCGAAAGUCUCGUUGCCUCAGGUGACGGUCCCAUCGAUGUCUGCGCCGUCGUUGCCCUCCUUCACCCUGCCGAACUUCUCAGGGUUUAAAGGCCCGCGUGAAUGGGGAUUCCCGAAGUGGACCAGCCGCAACGGUGAAUACUCACGCUUGCUUGCCGAUGACGACCAUCAUGAGCGCGAUCCGUACAGAGACGAUGCGGAGGAUCCACUUGAUGCGCCGUCCCAUGGUAUCACAACCUUCGCCACGGGCUCGAAUGAUCCCACUCCGGUGGAGGUCAUUGGGAAAAAGGACAGGAAGGCGAGGACUGUUUCCAGCUCAGCUGAUGAUGAGGUUGUGUAG